CCAGAGGCGAAGCGUCCGGAGCCCGGCGGGGAGCCAUGGGCGCGCUGCCCGCCAGCCGGCUCCUGGGCUGCCUGCUGCUCUUCUCCUUCCUCUCGGCGGCCCCUGCGGGCCGGGCGGACUUCGCCGAGCCGCUGGGCAGAGCGGCCAGGAUCAAAGUCAACCCCCGCGGCAGCCUCUGGGCCACAGGUCACUUCAUGGGGAAGAAGAGCAUUGCGGCCUCCCCACUUCUGGAGUCUCCAGGAGAUGCUGCAGCAAACUCCAUCCCAGUGGCCUUCAGCCCGACUCUCCGAGCUGUCUUGCAGGACAUGAAAGAGCUGCUUACCAGAGAGCUCCUGAAAAUCCUCUUGCAAGAGAGACUAAUAGAUGAGAAUCAAGGAAAAUCUGAGCUUCAAAACCAGGAGACGGGAUUGGUAAUGAAGGUGCUGGAGAAAUACCUUUCAAACUGAAGAAGGGACGAAGGGGCCAUGUACAUAGAUGACUGAGUCCAGCAUCAGGAAGGCCUGGCUGGUUUGUAGUGAACACCAGGGAAUGUUUGAAUUAUGGUUCUGUGGCGCUACAUCACUCUUAUGAUUUAGUAUUACUGUAAUAUUGUGAAUAUUGACCAUCUGUAUGAAGAAAGCCCCAAAUCCCUGACUGUAUAUUUCCCUUGCAUUUUCUGCAUUACUGCUGAGGUCAAAGAGCCCUUGUGAAUAAAACUAACUCUUUGCACAGCA